AUGGACCGGAUGGCUAGCUCCAUGAAGCAGGUCCCCAACCCCCUGCCGAAGGUGCUGAGCCGGCGUGGGGUCGGCACGGGGAUGGAGGCGGCGGAGCGGGAGAGCUUUGAGCGGACUCAGACUGUCAGCAUCAAUAAGGCCAUUAAUACACAGGUAGUGGCCGUCAAGGAAAAACACGCCAGAAAUAUCCUUUUGGAGGUUGCUCCGAAGACCGACCCCGAGGGGAAUCAACUCAUGGGGACAGAGGCCGCAUCCAGGGUUGGUACCCAGGCAGGCCCCGUCCGCGCCUUUGUUUUCCAUGACCCUCCUUCACCGUGCAUACUGGGCACCCACCACGAGAAGGGAGCGCAGACCUUUUGGUCUGUUGUCAACCGGCUGCCCCUGUCCAGCAACGCAGUACUCUGCUGGAAGUUCUGCCACGUGUUCCACAAACUUCUCCGGGAUGGACACCCAAAUGUUCUCAAGGACUCUCUGAGAUACAAAAGCGAAUUGAGCGACAUGAGCAGGAUGUGGGGCCACCUGAGUGAAGGGUAUGGGCAGCUUUGCAGCAUCUACCUCAAACUGCUGAGAACGAAGAUGGAGUAUCACACCAAAAACCCCAGGUUCCCAGGCAACCUUCACAUGAGUGACCGGCAGCUAGAGGAGGCUGGAGAGAGUGACGUCAACAACUUUUUCCAGCUGACAGUGGAGAUGUUCGACUACCUGGAGUGUGAACUUAACCUCUUCCAAACUGUGUUCAACUCUCUGGACAUGUCCCGCUCCGUGUCGGUGACCACAGCCGGGCAGUGCCGCCUCGCCCCGCUCAUCCAGGUCAUCUUGGAUUGCAGCCACCUCUAUGAUUACGCUGUCAAGCUUCUCUUCAAGCUCCACUCCUGUCUCCCAGCCGACACCCUGCAAGGCCACCGGGACCGCUUCCUGGAGCAGUUCACCAAGUUGAAAGAUUUCUUCUACCGCUCCAGCAACCUGCAGUACUUCAAGCGGCUCAUUCAGAUCCCUCAACUGCCAGAGAACCCACCCAAUUUCCUACGAGCCUCCGCCCUGUCAGAACACGUCAGCCCCGUGGUGGUGAUCCCAGCCGAGGCGUCGUCCCCCGACAGCGAGCCCGUCUUAGAGAAGGAUGACGUGGGCAUGGACGCCUCCCAGCAGAAUUCAUUUGACAGCAAGUUCGAUGACAUCUUCGGCAGCUCCUCCGGCAGCGAUCCCUUCAAUUUCAACAGUCAGAAUGGCGUGAACAAGGACGAGAAGGAUCAGUUAAUUGAUCAGCUGUUCGGAGAGACCAGAGAACUGAAAGCUCAGCUGGAAAACAUGAAGACUGAGAGCCAGCGGGCCGUGCUGCAGCUCAAGGGCCGCACCAGCGAGCUGGAGGCCGAGCUGGCUGAGCAGCAGCACCUGCGGCAGCAGGCGGCCGACGAGAGCGAGUUCCUCCGGGCCGAGCUGGACGAGCUCAAGAAGAAACGCGAGGACACGGAGAAGGCUCAGCGGAGCCUGACGGAGAUCGAGAGGAAAGCCCAAGCCAAUGAGCAGCGCUACAGCAAGCUGAAGGAGAAGUACAAUGAGCUGGUGCAGAACCACGCCGAUCUGCUGCGGAAGAAUGCGGAGGUGACCAAACAGGUGUCAGUGGCCAGACAAGCCCAGGUGGAUUUGGAACGGGAGAAAAAAGAGCUGGAGGAUUCUUUUCAGCGCAUCAGUGACCAGGCCCAGCGAAAGACUCAAGAACAGACAGAAGUACUAGAGAAUUUGAAGCAAGAACUUGCCACCAGCAAACAGGAACUCCAGAUUGUCCAAGGCAGCCUAGAAAAUUCUGCCCAGUCGGAGGCAAAAUGGACCGCCCAGAUCACAGACCUGGAGAAGGACCGGGACAGCCUGAUGAACGCCAUGGCUUGUCGAGAGGAGGAGCUGUGCGCUCUUCGGAAGCAGCUGGAGUACACACAGCUCAAACUGUCUAGUGCACAGGAAUCUAUAUGCCAGCUCGAGAAGGACCAACACAGGAUGCUCCUGGCUGAGUCGAGGAGGGCUGCAGGGCAGGUGGUGCAGGAGGCCCUGAGGCUGUUGGAGGAGCCCACUCUCUCGAGCUGCGCUGGAUCUGCAGAUCACCUGCUGUCCAAGGUCAACUCCACUUCCAGCUGCAUUGAGCAGCUGGAAAAAUGCUGGAGCCAGUAUCUGGAGUGCCCGGAAGAUAUCAGUGGGCUCCUUCACUCGGUAACACUCCUGGCCCACCUGACCAGUGACACCAUCGUUCACGGCAGCGCCACCUGCCUUAGAGCCCCGCCGGAGUCGGCCGACUCUCUGAUCGAGGCCUGUAAGCAGUAUGGCAAGGAGACCCUCACCUAUCUGUCUUUCCUGGAGGAAGAAAGAAUCUUUGAGAAUGCCGACAGCACAGCCAUGAGGAGCUGCCUCACCAGGAUCACGGCCAUUAGUGAAGAUCUCCUGCCCAGAGGCCUGGACAUCAAACAGGAGGAACUGGGGGACCUGGUGGACAAGGAGAUGGCUGCCACUUCCGCUGCCAUUGAAGCCGCCACGGCCAGAAUAGAGGAGAUGCUCAGCAAAUCCCGAGCUGGAGACACAGGAGUCAAAUUGGAGGUGAACGAAAGAAUCCUUGGUUCCUGUACCAGCCUAAUGCAGGCCAUUCAGAUCCUGGUCGUGGCCUCGAAGGAGCUGCAGAGAGAGAUAGUGGAGAGUGGCCGGGGUACAGCAUCCCCUAAAGAGUUUUAUGCCAAGAAUUCUCGAUGGACGGAAGGACUUAUCUCAGCCGCCAAAGCUGUGGGCUGGGGAGCCAGUGUCCUGGUAGACGCAGCUGAUAUGGUGGUACAAGGCCGAGGGAAAUUCGAGGAGCUCAUGGUGUGUUCACGUGAAAUUGCUGCUAGCACCGCCCAGCUUGUAGCCGCCUCCAAGGUGAAAGCUGAUAAGAACAGCCCAAACCUGGCCCAGCUGCUGCAGGCUUCUCGGGCUGUAAACCAGGCCACCGCCGAGGUUGUGGCCUCAACCAUUUCCGGCAAAUCACAGAUCGAGGACACAGACAGCAUGGACUUCUCAAGCAUUACACUGACCCAGAUCAAACGGCAGGAGAUGGAUUCCCAGGUUAGGGUGCUGGAGCUGGAAAAUGAACUGCAGAAGGAGCGUCAGAAACUGGGAGAGCUUCGGAAAAAGCACUACGAGCUGGCUGGGGUUGCUGAGGGCUGGGAGGAAGGAACUGAAGCACCACCAUCUACACUGCAAGAAGCGAAAACCGAAAAAGAAUAG